AUGGCACAGAAUUUACAGAAAAAGCCUUCCAAAGGAAUUUUGAAAACGUCUCGCAGUGUAGAUGGCCAGGAUGGAAUGCCGUCAACGAGUAAACGAGCGAAAGAACAGAGGUUCGAUGAGAUGAAUAUUAUGGAGACAUUUCACCCUCCAAAUAAAGAUUAUGGCCAUAUGAAAGUGGAUGAACCGAAGACUCCUUACUCGGAGGCGGUUGAUAGUGAUAUGGAGCCAGGGGAUGAGUUAGAUGCAAAUAUCUUAGCAGCUAAGCUAGCGGCCAGUAUGAAUAAGCCACCUAAAUGUGUUGAUAUGAGCGAUAGUGAUGAGGAUGAGUCUGAAGACGCAAGACAACGAAGGUUAGAAUUUGAGAAGAAGAGGAAAAUGCAUUAUAAUGAAUUUCAGGCCCUGCAGUUAGCGAGACAAUUAAUGGCACAGGAAGAAGAAGAGGAAAAUGAAGAUAAGGAUCAGGCGACAAGCACUUGA